UGGCUUUGUGCCGAUCAAUAUUCCCUAUCACGCCACUAUCACAACUUGCUGAUACCGCUGUUUGCCAAUGCACUCCGAGCGACAUGAAACUUUGACCUAUCCAGGCCUCCCGGGCCCAGAGGGCGCAGAAAUGUGAGGUAUCCACACAAACAACGACCGUGAGAACGUGAGAAUAGAUUCAGAUCUGUUUUGACAUUAACAACGUCUUGUACUUUCUGCGUUCCUCCGAUGUUAUCCGCCACUUUCAAAACUUCCGCGCGGUUGCACUUUGCAUUGACAACGGGUCACAGUUUGCGGUCUGUUAGCCUGCGUCAAUUCCAUCGUUCCCUGAAAUGCCAAGAGCAUUAUUUGAAUGCUGACGCAAAGACAUUUGACAAAGUCGCUCUAAACCCGUCGGCAAGUGAUAAAGUCGUCCUGGUUGACUUUUAUGCAGAUUGGUGUAAUCCUUGCAAGAUGAUUUCACCCCUGCUGGAAAAAUUGACCAGCGAUGCAACAGUGAAAACUGGUAGCGGUCGCUUGCUUGACUUGGUCACGGUGGACACAGACGCAGAAUUUGACCUAGCAGCAAAGUACCAGGUGCGGGCGCUGCCGACAGUUAUAGCAUUCAGGGAUGGCCAGAAGGUUGACCAGUUUGUCGGAGCCCUGAAUGAAGGCGGCAUUCGCCAAUUCUUAGCCAAGUUGUAGCAGACAUGUAGUUUCCUGACACGAUGAACAUGAUUGUUAAUGUUCGAAACCCUCUGGUUCCAAAAAAAAAUGUAUCAAAA